CUGGUCAAAAAAGUACCUUUAGGGCAACAGCUGCACGUAUCGAUGUUACACAAAUGGGACACAUAAUCGUUCGUAUGAGAGAUUAUCCCGAUACGUAUUUAAUCACUUUGCCAUCUUUACAAAUUCUUGGACUAUGGAGGGGCGCUCCAUAUGUAGAAUUAAGCGGCACAAGUGUAAUUCAAUCUCAAAAUUAUAGUACAGUUAUUGAAUUCAGCGGAAAAGGUUGGAUUUCUGGAGAGAAACAUACAUUCUCUGCAAUUACAAGUCGUAUUGGAGAAAAGGAACAUUUGUAUACGAUUUUUGGAAAUUGGGGAGGGAAAUCUAUUAAAGAAAAUCAUCAGACUAAAGAGAAGACUGAAUUUUUUAACGUUGAGACAUCCCAAAGAGCUGAACCUAUUAUAAAACCAGUGGAAGAACAAAAUUCUAUGGAAAGUAAAAAUAUUUGGCAAUAUGUUGCCAAGGCGAUCAAUGAAGGUGAUUUUGCGACUGCUUCUAAAUUAAAGGCUGAGAUUGAACAACGUCAACGUGACAAAGUUAAACGUGGAGAAAAGACUAUUUCGCAAUAUUUUUAUUGGUUGCCCGAAGAUAAAGAAUUCCUUAGUCUUUAUAGAUUGAUUAAUAAUAGACUACAAUUAGAUGGAAAAAAUAGGGAAACUGGAAGUUGGGUUUAUAAGAAAUUAUCAUUUUGUAAAUACAAGUGUGAAGAUAAUGAGACUAAUGAUAAUCUCAAAGACAAUUAA